UCGAGCGAGGGAGUCUGUCUGUCUGUCUGGGAAGCACUAUAAUAUUUCUGAAAGAUGGAAGGAAGUUGUAGUAAAAUUUAAAUUAAAUGGAGAAUGAUACUUCUACGGAGAAGAAGAAGAAGAAGAACUCACACGGCGGCGAGGGCGAGCUGGAGUCGGAGGAUGACUUGAAGUCAAUUCUGCCGUAUUUACCCCUUCAUCUCUGUUCCUCCUCUCUCUUCUGGCCCCCGCCUGUCGUUGUAGCUCUCAAAGCCCUCUCCCUGGGUCCCCAUCACAGCAACGUCCGCUCCGGUCAACUCCUCUCCCUUGCCAUCUCCGACCUCCGCAGCUCCCUCAACUAUUCCUCCACCUCCCUUUCUUCCUCCGCUCUCCACGGCUACUCCCUCUUCUUCGACGACUUGAUGCCUAGGGCUGAUUCGGUGAGGUGGUUUGAGGAGGUUUUGCCCAAGAUGGCUCUUUUGCUCUUGAAUUUGCCCUCCCUUUUGGAGACCCAUUAUCGGCGCCACCAGCAGCAGCAGCAGCCCCUUGAUAGUAAUACAACUUGCCUCCGCUUGUUGGACUCCCAGCAGCCUGGCCUUGUGCUUCUCUCUCAAGAGUUGAUUGCUGCUCUGCUUUCUUGCGCUUUCUUUUCUUUAUUUCCUGCUGCCAAUAGAGGUGCCACAUGUCUCCCAACGAUCAACUUUCAUCAUUUAUUUGCGUCUCUAUAUGGGUGUUAUGAGGAGUACCAGGAAAGCAAAAUAAAGUGCAUUGUUCACUAUUUUGAGAGGAUAUGCUUAUGCAUGCCUACGGGCAAUGUCUCAUUUGAGCGCAAAGUUCUUCCUUUGGAUCGGAGAGCUGUUGGCAUUUCUUAUCCAAAGCCUGAUUUCUGGAACAAAUCUGAUCUGCCUCUGUGCCCUUUUGAGGUCCAAAGGUCUGGUUUAAUUGAAGAUCAGGUACGUGAAGCUUUGGAAGUGGACUUUGCAAACCAGUAUUUAGGUGGUGGUGCUCUCCAUCGUGGCUGUGUACAGGAAGAGAUCCGUUUUAUGAUUAACCCUGAGUUGGUGGCCGGCAUGCUAUUCUUGCCUUCAAUGGCAGACAAUGAAGCUAUAGAAGUCGUUGGUACAGAAAGGUUUUCCAAUUAUACAGGGUAUGCUUCUUCAUUCCGGUUUUCUGGUGACUAUGUGGACCAUAAGGAUACUGAUUCUUUAGGGAGGCGGAAGACAAGAAUUAUUGCCAUAGAUGCACUUUGUAGUCCUGGGAUGAGACAGUAUGGAUCUGAAUGCCUCCUGAGGGAGAUUAACAAGGCAUUCUGUGGCUUUUGUGAUAUGUCUAAGUAUCAGCAGUAUCAAGACUUGUUCCAAUAUGAUGAACACUGGGAAUCUGAUGUUGAUUUUGACGUAAAGAAAUUGAGAGAACAGUUGAGAAAUGAUGCUAUGACUCUUGAAGGUCCCUCAACUUCAUAUCAAAUAACUGAAGGAGCACCAGAAAAUCAGCUGAAUCAGUGCCUUCAUAAAAAGGCAUUUCAGCCUUCGCAGCAUCAAGAGGAAAUUGGGAUUGUCACAGGGAAUUGGGGUUGCGGUGCUUUUGGUGGAGAUCCUCAACUUAAAGCUAUUAUUCAGUGGCUUGCUGCUUCUCAGGCUUUAAGACCUUUCAUCUUGUACCACACAUUUGGUUUAGAGACAUUGGAGGUGCUAGAUCAGGUGACUCGCUGGAUUAUAUCCCAUGAGUGGACUGUUGGAGAACUUUGGAAUAUGAUGGUUGAGUACGGAUCCAAGAGAUUAAAAGGUGAAACCAGAGUUGGCUUUUUCAGUUGGCUCCUUCCCUUGGUAGAUUCCAAUGAUGCAUGAGCUGUUGGGCAUCACCUGAAUCUUCAUGAGAUUUACUGAACAUUGACCAAAAUUUCUUCUUUGUUGGGCACUUUCUUGGCUUGGUGCGGCUCAUAUUUGAUUCACCCUGGAAGACUAGCUUAGUGUAAAUGCUUUCCUUUACGACUGUUAGUUGUGCUGUGGAAAUAUAGAAUACUUGGCAUAAUUUUGUCCCUAUAGGGUGCGCGGUCUGUGUAUCUGAGGGACAUUUUAUUGUUCGUUAGUCACAAAAUGAGAUUCUGUAGAGUGAACGAGCAGAAGUGCAUCUGGAGUUGCUCUGCACCAAUGGUUGAUUUUGUCUGACCCAAGAUGACAGGAUGUUCUGUUGGGGGGAGGGGGUUGCAUGCAUGGAGAUGGAGGUUAUUUCCUGCCUACUGCCUACUGCCCCGGAUUUGAAACUGCUGUGGAAGCAUAUGUGAUCAAACACUGGCUUGCAACAGCAACUCUGCCGCUAUCAGAAUUUGUUGGUUAGAAAGCUUUGUCUAUAACCAACCUAGUUAUGAGGAUCUAAACCGCAUUCAUGUAUUCCUUUCUUUCUUGUUUAGUGAACGGAGGCUCGUAGAAUUCGCUGAAAGAUAGGAUCAGCUGUUUGGUACGACUCCUUUUGUACCUAUAAUUAAGUCUAUACACGUUAGGAUGAGGUUCAAAAGUUACCAUUCA